GGAAGCGUUUUGUCAUUCCGAUUGCGCUGAUUUGGCAGACUGCUGCUUCCACUGCUGUCUGCCUGCCUGCGUCCGCGUAGGUGUGACUCUCAUCUUCUACACCUGCUGCAGACCUCCGCCCUCCUGAACAAGCACAUGGACACAACCGCAUCCAGGCAGCAUGGGCUCCAGACUGAAACAAAAUCCAGAGCGAACCUUCUAUUGGUUCUUUGAAGCAACUUGCCCCGUAGCCAGAGACAAAGAUCCUGGAGUUCUGUUCCAGUUUCCAGAGGACUUCAGUGACGAGGAGUCCUGUCAAACAUCCCCCAGGUUCUGCUUCCCGUAUGACAUUCAAAGAGCGAGGGAGCGAGUGGCCGUGCAGCACUUUACUUUUGUUUUGACCGACCUUGAGGGAUGCCAGCGGUUCGGGUUUUGCCGUCUCGCCAACAACACAAACACCUGCCUUUGCAUACUCAGUUACCUUCCAUGGUUUGAAGUGUUUUACAAACUUCUCAACAACUUGGCUGAUUUCCUCACAAAAGGACAGACCCGUGAGACGACAGCCCUGCUGGCCGCCCUCUACCAGCAGCCCUUACCUCCAGCAGCUGGAUCCGUCACUCUGCAGAUGGGAGGGCAGCUGUUGGUCAGCACAGAGGUGUCCCAUCCUAUCGGACACCAAAGGGGACAAGAGGGGGUUCCAUACUUCAUUGCUCCGGAUCCCGGAAGUCUCCCGUCCAUCCCUGAAAAUAGGAACUUGACAGAGCUGAUCGUGGCAGUGGAUGUGGGCAACCUGCUCCAGCUCUAUGCCAGCAUGCUGUUUGAGAGACGCAUCCUCAUCUUUUCCAGCAAACUCAGCACUCUGACGGCUUGCGUGCAUGCACUCAGUGCUCUCUUAUACCCGCUGUACUGGCAACACAUCUUCAUCCCCGUCCUGCCACCGCAUCUACUGGACUACUGCUGUGCACCCAUGCCUUACCUGAUAGGAGUCCACACCAGUCUGUCUGAGAAGGUGCGGAGUCGGGGGUUGGAGGAAGUUGUUAUUCUAAAUGUGGACACAAACACUCUGGAAACCCCCUUUGAGGACCUGAAAAGAAUACCGUCAGAUGUGAUGUCCGGGCUGAAGGCAUGUCUGAAGCGUCAGGCCGUGUCUCCGGGCUGUGGCGUCUCUCGGGCCUUCCUGAAAGCUCAGGCUCUGCUGUUUGGAGGCUACAGGGACGCGCUGCGGGGUCAAGAGGAUGGUGAGAUGUGGUUCAGUGAGGAGAUUUUUCAAGAUCACAAGUCUGCCAGUAUGAAGCAGUUCCUACAAAGUGCCAUUCAUUUACAGUCCUUCAAACAGUUCAUUGAUGGCCGCCUGGAUAUUCUGAACGAAGACAAAGUACCAGAUGAUCUGUUUGAGGAGGAGAUCUUAAAGUGUGAAACCGCUGGAGGUAGGAGCAAAUCCUAUCAACAGUUAGUCGGUAAUUUAAAGAAAGGGGGAGGAGCGCUGAUCCUGAACAUGAAGUCCAAAGCAAACAUGAGGGCCAAAGGUCUCGCCAAGUCUGGUUUGAAAAACCUGCUGAUGCAUAAGGCCCACAACGAAGAGCACACCCUUCAGAGGGGAGGAUCUGUGUCGCACCGUCGCGCCCAAUCCGACUGCUUACAGAACCGCCUGCCAAUCACACAACACUUUGGGAGGUCUCGUCCCCGCCGUCCUGUUCACAAACUCAGGGCUCCCAGAGAGAAGGAAGACGUGCAUGAUACUGGAGACACAUGGGCAGGAGCGGAGUCUGAGCCGGCAGUCGAGCCUGACUCUGAGCUCCAGAAGGACAAAGAGGAGGGGGACGAUUCAUCGCUGUGCGACCCGGAGGAGAUGGAUCUGCUGGGGGAGAUCUUUGACACGCUCAGCUCCCGGAGCUCACAGGAACGAGGCCUGCUGUACGGGACACGCAGCCUGGAUCUGUUUGGACCGGACAGCCAUGACUAUAUUACCAAGGGCCGUUUUCCACCCAACCCGAGCCAGGAAAGUCUCAGUGGCAGUGGAAGCCUCCACAGCUGGAAUCUAGAAACCACAGAGGAGCUGUCAGACCUGACGGAAGACUCUGAUUGGCUGUGCUUGGACACCAGCGUAUCAGAGCAGGAGGGGACAGACAGUCUUCUGGAGGUGUGUGAAGUGGGUGAUCAAGAAUUCAGACACGGGGAGGUCAGAGAGGACCAGGAAGACGUGAAAGUAGCAAUUAACGGGAACCAAGAAGAAGAAAUAGACAACAGAAAAAACUUUGAGGAAGUGAGGUUAGACAAAGAGACAAAGGAGGAGGGGAUAGAAAAGAGAGGGAGUUUAGAAGACCCAGAAAAAGAAAUUGCUGAGGAGCGAGAGGACAAACGCUUAAGAGGAAAUAGGAAGGACGAGCAAAAUCCGAAUGAGGAGGUCGUUGAGGGCCGAGAGAUGAAGGAAAGUGUAACACAGAAAAAUGAAGCGGGGGAAGAGGGGAAAAAUCAGCAGGAGGAGAAGAUAAAAAAUGUUACUCUAGACAAACUAAUAAUACCAAAUCCCCACCAACCUAACGCUAUGGAGGGCAAUCUGAACCCCACAUCUCCUUGUGGGCUACGACAUCUCCUCGGGAAUCCUGAACCUCCAGCAGCUCAGGAAAAGAGCAGUGAAGAAGCAGUAGAGGAGGAGGAGCGGGAGACGAGACCGACCCCCUCUGCUCCUAAAGUGCUUCCUGCUGCAGUGCGCUUCCAGUCUCAGGAGCACAGCCGGGGCUUUCAGGUGAAGUCCACGACCAAGGAGCUGUGUGAACCUGGGAGACCUCGCAACAAGCUUCACAGCAGGGACACGGCCCAAACGCUCCCAUCAUGUGACUCAAAUAUUUCACAGGCGAAAAAACGCUCAGAGGGGAAUGAGGAUGAAGAGCUGCCUCUAAUAAAAGUGUCAGAACUGAAGAAGCGAUUUGAAGCUUAGAAAAUGGUGACAUUUGUUUGUCUUUACAAAUUACAUGAAAACACACCAAAAAAUAGCAAUAUGCAAGUCUGUUGUAAAGUGUGUCAGAUAGAUUUAGUCACUUGUUGAAACAGCUGGGCGCUGCAGGUUGAAGCAAAUGGUACAUAAACUGGAGUAAAAGGUUUUGGCGCACAGCCGAGUAUUCAGGACGGUGUAUAUGGGACUGAUUUAAAAUAAUCUUGUGAGUUCCUUGAAAUGAAGAAGCCUUUAACAGUGUGGCUCACUGUUGUAAUUUUCAUGACAAUAACUGAAACGUACGGCUUCUUACCAAGGUUUUGCAACUAUUUAAGCUGAGUUUUGUUCAUUCGUCUGAAUAUUACUUGAUUAAAUAGCUUUUGCCUUGCACUUAUAAUUAAGGCAAUUACGCAGUGUGGUUGAAAUAAAUACGUUUUCCAACAGAGAGGACCGGUUUUGAAUAUCGGUUACCGUAUGAUGGCCUAUUUGUUUCUCACACGUAAAUAUUUGUGUGCGUGUGUGUGUGUGAGAUAAAUGCUCCAAUUACCUAAAACUGACAAAUGAGGAUAAUUGUUGCAUUUUCUGGCAAGUCGUCACUUUGAAUAACUCAAAAGCCCAAUAAAGGAACCUUCGUUCAAUGACCCAGUA